CAUUCCACUGCAGUGAACAGUCGCUGGUCGUGCAGGAAGAAAACACGCCGUGGAUCUGCUGCUCAGAAACUUGAUUUGAAAAACAGCCCCGCCCUCCUCCUGCCUCUCCUGGAGCCUUAUAACCAGAUGAAUGUUCUUCAGACGCACAUAUCCAAGAAAAGCACUGGACUUGAGCACAGUUACGACCCCGGAGAGCAGACAGAAAGCAACCUGAAGGAAUAUACGCUGUUCGCAUUAGUUUGUUUUCCUCCGAGAGAAGCAUCUUGGUUGAGCGAAGAAGACAUGGAUUUUUUGAAUCACAACUACUUGAGCGCGCGUACCUCCUACGAUUACACCUUCAAUUUUUGGAAUGACUAUCUCGGUCUUUCCACGUUGGUCACCAAGAACAACAAGCACAGCGUCCCCCAGAGUCCAAACUCCAUCACGGAGUCCCUGAAAGCUACUCUGGGCUUGGACGACAGCCCUCCGUGUCCGUGCGGUCACCUGGACUCCUGCUGCUGCCCCCCGCCCGCCCCCAUCUCCAUCCUGGACCUGAAAGAGCGUUUCUCCAUCCUGAGCCCCUUCCAGGACCAAAACCAGAGCACGGGGGGGCUGCUGUCCUCCUCCCAUGAGCGGGAGAUGGGCAUCGGAGGGAGCUUCGCAGGAUUCGAUCUGUUCGGAGUGGAGAGGAAGAUGAGGAAACCGGCCGCGCGCAAUAAGCAGGAGCCCAAGAUCUGCGUCUUCUGUCGGAAUAACGGCGCGCCGGAGGAGGUGUACGGCUCGCAUGUCCUGAAAACCCCGGAUGGGAGGGUGGUGUGCCCGAUUCUGCGGGCGUACACAUGCCCCCUAUGCAGUGCCAACGGGGACAACGCGCAUACAAUAAAAUACUGCCCUCUCUCCAAAGACCAGCCUGCCCAGAGAGUGCUGAAGGGAGGCAGAGCUGUGGGUGGUAAGCGAGUGAAAAUCUUCUAAAAAGACUCUUAUAGACUUACAUGUAUUGCACUGAACAUUUUCUUUCAGAUGACUGUUCUGAUUGACUGGCUUUCAGAGUCUUAACUACUAGGCAAACAAAUAAGAUGAUAUCAAUGUUUUGUUAAACGGAGAGAGAAAAAAAGAAAAAAAAUCUCUUAUAUUUUUAUAGAUACUUUAUUUCCAUAGUUUAUUGCAUACUUUAUUCAUAAAAAGCUAUUUUUUUUUUCCUUUUCACGCAUAGGUUUUAGAUGUUUAUUCACGAUGCAUAGUCACAUUUUGCGUGGCAUAAGAUGUUAUUUUUCUUUAAAAUGGGAAACGUGAAUGUUGGCACCAGAGGAGUUGCUCUUCUUUCAACUCAAGUAUUUUCUUUACUGUAAGCUAAGCUUGCACCUCGGUUUUGUCUUUAAACCAAAGUUUAUUUUGCCAUUAAGUGAUUUUAAAGAAUUUUCCACAUGUCUCCAUUUAUGAACUUAAGUCCCGUUCCGCUCUCUUCUGAAAGUCCACUCCGCAAUUUCCUGACAUUUGCGAUCACGGACGCGCAGAGCAACACAAUAGAGGCUCUGUUGCGCAUUAAUGUUGUCAGGAUAACUUCAAAAUCGGCCAAAUUAUUUCCAACCCCUCUGACAGAGCUGGCCAUUUAACAUCGCAGGGUCCAUGUUACAGAAGUUACAGUACUAAUAUUCAGUGAAUUAACAGCAGCUCCAGCAUAUUAGUGUGUAACAUGAACGCUGUAAUGUAAAGUGUGACCGCAGGCUAUUCUUCUGAAUGAGGUGCCCUUUCAAUGUUUACACCCCUAGUAAGGGGAACACACACUGGAGAA